GAAAAAAAGUAAUUAAUUAUAGUUACAAAUUACUUCUCCCAAAAAGUAAUUGCGUUAGUAACUCAAUUACCUGAAUGUAAGAGUAAUUAGUUACUUGGCAAAGUAAUUGGUGAUAAUUACUUUUUUUUUUCCCCUCAAAAAAAAAAAAAAAAAAAACCAUUGGCCACACUAUGUGAAGUUUUUUGUGAAGGUUUUUGGUACAAUUGGCCCGAGCCCAAUUCUUUACCCGAAUUUACCCUUUACCCUGAAUCAACUGUUAAAAGUUGUUAAAAUUGCUCCCAUUAUUGCAUUUGUUCCCUUCUCUCUACUUUCGACAUAUAAAAGUUUUAAAACGGUUUCAUCAUUUAAAGAUAGAUUCAAGUCAAGAUUUUGCCGAUUUAGAAGUAUUUUAGAUAAAAAGUUACUUAGGUUCGCUAGGAAGGUUCUCUACAACAGAGCCGUCCUAAAAAGUCUACUGCUUUAAGAUGGCGGCUGUCUACUAACGCAUUUACUGCCAUGCAGUGUUGUUAAUUUUGCUUUAAAAAAGUAAUUAAUUACAGUUACAAAUUACUUCUCCCAAAAAGUAAUUGCGUUAGUAACUCAGUUACCUGAAUGUAAGAGUAAUUAGUUACUUGGCAAAGUAACCAUUCAUUCAUUCAUUUUCCAUGCCGCUUUUCCUCACGAGGGUCGCGGAGGUGCUGGAACCUAUCCCAGCUAACUACGGGCAGUAGGCAGGGGACACCCUGAACUGGUUGCCAGCCAAUCGCAGGGCACAAGGAGACAUACAACCAUUCACGCACACACUCAUACCUACGGACAAUUUAGAGUGUUCAAUCAGCCUACCAUGCAUGUUUUUGGGAUGUGGGAGGAAACCGGAGUUCCCGGAGGAAACCCACGCAGGCACGGGGAGAACAUGCAAACUCCACACAGGAAGGCCGAAGCCCGGGAUUGAACCCUUGAUCUCAGAACUGUGAGGCAGACGUGCUAACCACUCAGCCACCGUGCCGCCGGCAAAGUAACUAGUGAUAUAUAUAUAUUUUUUUUUUCUCAAAAAAAAAAAGGUCACACAAUGUGAAGCUUAAAGGGUUUGGGGGACAAUUGGCCCUAACCCAAUUCUUUACCCUCCGCUUAACUAGACACAAGGGUAUUGCGAUAACUAGCUAGUAACCUUUGCUAUGUGUGGAAGUCAUUUAAAGUUGUGAAUCAAUCGUUAAAGUUGUUAAAAUUUCUCCCGUUAUUGCAUUAGUUCCCUUCUGUCUACUUUAAACAUGUGUAAGUUUUAAAACUGUUUCAUCAUUUAAAGAUAGAUUUAAGUUAAGAUUUUGCCGAUUUAGGAGCAUUUUAGAUUAAAAAAAAUUAGUUAGGUUCGCUAGGAAGGAUCUCUACAUCAGGGCCUUCCUGAGAGGUCUACUGCUUUAAGAUGGCGGCUGUUUACAAACGCGUGUCGUCCUUAAAACAUGUUGGCAAUGCAGCAGUGUCUGUCAUUUGCAUCUAGUUCUAUAAUAUGAUAUCUACCGUGUCAUGUGGGCGUAGUUUGUCGGCUAUGGCUGCAGUCAGGUAUUAUUGGAGCCACCUAGCAUCGCGGUUGCAACGGCGUCUUCCCCACUCCUGCUCAGCUCUCGUCCCCUCAAUAUGGCCGCGCUUUUCUUCUUCCUCGCUGCGACUCUCCUUGCCUCACUGAAGGCCUUCGACCUGGGCCAAUCUACCCGAUGCGUGGCUAUCCCCAACCAGAUGAAGGUAUGCAAAGACGUGGGCUACUCCGAGAUGCGGCUUCCCAAUUUCUUGGGUCACAGCAACCUGGAGGCCGAAGUGGUGCCCCGCUCUGAGGACUGGAGGCCCUUGCUGCAAACUGGCUGCCACCCCCAAGCACAAGCAUUCCUCUGCUCUCUCAUCGCUCCCGUCUGCCUUGACACGUUCAUCCAGCCCUGCCGUAGUCUGUGCAUGGCCGUGAGGGACAGCUGUGCCCCUGUGCUCGCUUGCCAGGGGCACCCUUGGCCACAAGCACUUGACUGCGAUCGCCUACCUGCUGAGGAAGAUAUGUGCCUCUCACCUCAUGCCAAGUUCAGCCAAUUUGCUAAAGACCUGCCUAAAGCAGCCUGUCAAAACUGUCCUGCAGUGGAAGAAGCUCCUGCUAUGAAAACAGUCCUUGAUGCUUUUUGCCAACAUGACUUUGCCGUGACCGCAAAGUUGCGCCGCCGGCGCCUUUUGACAGGUGAGCCAGAGUUCGAAGUUGAAGGUCGCGUUGAAUUCAUCCGCCAGGGCCCGUUGCUCCCCUAUGACACCCACCACCUGCUUCACCAAUGGCUCCUCAUCAAUUUGCGCUGCGCUAACACGAUGGUGCGGCCUGGACGCUUGCAGCUCUACGUGUUGACUGGCUCGGUGCGGUCUGAUGGCACUGUCACCAUCGCCCGCCUCUUCCCUUGGCACAAGAAAGACGCCAACAUUGCCGUUGCCACACGCAAGUGGAAGCAUCACCGAUGUUGAGCAAACAUUCACAUGGAGCGGUUCUUGGCAUUUUGGGGGAAGGGGGCGGGGACUCUUUGAUAGCACACUGUAAUAGAAUGCACUCCAA